AUGAAGUUCACCAUCGCUACCAUCACUCUGGCCGCUAGUUCGGCAUUCGCUGCCCCUGCGGAAAUCAAGCGAUCCACCAAUUUCGAGGUGACAGACUUUUGGGCCACAGUAUCAUCCGUGACAAGCGGCGCCUACAUGCACUUUGUCCUCACAGAUCCCAACUAUCUAAAUGACACCCCAACGGACUGCAACUUGAUCUGGACUUACGGCAGCUCGCCAAAGCUGAAUGCCCGAUGCAACAACGGGGAAUACUAUAUUCGAUUCCCGCAGGGCCCCCCUGAUUUUAAUCUGUUCACUCUUGAGCUUGAGAGAGUCAAUGGUACUAUUCCCGAGGAUCGUCAGAUCCUGCUGAGCUCGAACGCAAACGGAGGAGCGCCUGGCACCAAGUGGAUUUGCAAGAACAACCCCUCGGAGGAUAUUUCGAUUCGCUGCGAUUACGAAGGCACUCUGGGGUUCUGA